ACAACCAAAUAAACAAAAAAAAAAAUCUUUAAAAAAGAGAAGAAAACUCAAAACUUAAUUUCAGUUGACUCCGACGUGGAAAUUGGAAAAGGAGCAUAACGGGGGAGCUGGUUCGUACAAAAAUAGGGAGAGAGAGAGUUCCGACAAGCUCUCUUUUUAGGACAAUACAUCUCUUUCUUCAAACUAAAGCCCCGAGCAAAAGCAAACUCAUCGCCUAAUUCAGAUUCCCUCAUGGAAGAAUCUGAGCCGAAAGAUAACUACAUGACCGGCGUUGAGAACGGCGUGAGAAUGACGUCGCCGUCUUCAACAUCCUCAAUCGCCACCACAAGUGUCCACGUAAGCGCUCUCGAUGGACUCGUGAACGUUAACUCUCUAUUCACCAUCGCCGUCUUCGUAGGCCUUUCCUUAGCGACUCCAGGACAACACAGCCUCGAACAACGAUCCAGCUGCGAUGCAAGUGCUGAUGUGGCCAAGAAGCUGCUUGUCUUCGAAGUCGUCUCCUUCAGCUUCUUCCUCUUCUCCUCUUUGGUAGCUCAGGGUCUCAAGCUUGCCCUAAACCUUCUCAACAGCAAAGACGUCGAUGAGAUUUUCAGAGCUCACAUCAACAUUAAGGUUUUGAGAUGGGGAAUGAUGGCUUCUGCUGUCGGAUCUGUCAUGGGCUGUCUGUUCUUGAUGCUCUCUAUGGUUGAUGUGAUUCAGAUCCGUCUUGGGUUGCUCUCUUGCGGCAGUCAACCGGCGGCCCAAGCGGUAGCAACGCUCGUGACUCUGGUUUCCUCUGCUCUGUUGGUUUACAUCUCUACUGCCAUUUACGCUUUCUGGCAUUGAUACUGAUGAAUCAAUUCCUGUCAAAAUUGGGUUUUAUAAUGAUUGGGAAUGAUGAGUGUCUCAGCUUCCAAGUCCAUGGCUCUACUUUGAUUGGCCAAUGUAAUUUUAUCAAUGCCUUUCAAUCUUUUCUUUUCUUUGUUUGUUUCCGAGAAUGGAGAAUAUAACACUACAAAGGAGAAUUUGGUGAUGAGCUCUUAUGAACAGAAGUGAAGCUGUGUUGUUUAUCGUUUA